AAAGUUGUGGCCUGUCCAGCAGGAGUUAGCGACAGGGAGGGCCAGGGCUCUGGGUUUAGUUGUGGGGGGCGGAGUUGGCCAGUUUAGGUUCUUAGGAGACAGUUGAGAGCGAUGGCAGGGUUAGAUGAGCUUGGGGGACUUGGGGUGCCGAGAGAAGGAAGGUUGACAUGGGGAGUAGAUCUUGGGGAAAUUGUGCUGGGGAGAGUUGUUUUGAAAGGGCCCGCAGUAACCCAGGGGGAGGACGACCCUCCAGGCCUAUCUGUCGCAGCUGUCUGCUGGAGAAGGGGAACUUGACCUUUGGGUGGGCACCACUCGUGUAGGCUGAGCAGCCCCCCAGUGCCCUGGUUUGUGUAGGAGGAGGAAGGCUGAGACAGGUGGAGGAGGUUGAGGGUAUUGCCUCCCUAGCUGGAGGCAGAAUUGGUCAGUCAGUGCUUUGAAAAGGAGCUGGAAGGCAGGCAGUGGGGUGCAGGGUGGCAGGUGGGCAGGGAGGGCAUGACUUGAACUUGUCAGUACCAGCAGUCCCCUUUUUUUCCAGACAAAGGGUUGUGAGCCCUCCUGGGGAUGAGGCCUCGUGUGGUGGAAGCUGCACUUAGCUUCGUGGGGCUGACAGCUCUGGCCCAGGGCGGUAUGUAAGUCUGGCUCGGCCCGGGACAGGGUCCAGCCAGGCCCAGCCUGGUGAAACCCAGGUCUGGAUGUGAGGGUGGUCUAGGGAGUGAGUGAGGAGGUAAGGUACUGGUCCAAGCGGUUACUGGUAUGUCUGGCAGGCGUGGGCUGUAGGCCGACAAAAUUGAUCCUCCCUUUAUUUUCCAGGUGGCAGUGCUCCCCUUUGGACCUUUCCUCUAGGUUCCACGCUAACCUCUUCUGUGAGCUCACUCUGCCCACCCCCCCCCACCCCCCCUUCACACUCUCGAGGUUACCCAUUCACUUAAAACAUUGCUUCUGGUAAUCUGGUAAGCCGGGAAAGUUGUUGCCAUCGGAGUUGGUAUCUUGGUAACCCUGAAGAGGAGAGGCAGCCCCUUGCUGAGACUCUGGGUGGGUGGGGUGGUGUUGCUUGCCAGUGGAGAGGGUGGGGAUUGAAUGUGCACCCUUGGGUGGGCCCGCAGCGACGGUACCAUCUGAAAGCUACGAAAAUGCCUCAUAGACGGUGGUUUGUUACUGUAGUGUUCAUCAUGGCGAUCUGAUGGCACCAGGAGAAAUGGAGCCCCUGGCCAGUGUGAGUCGUAGCGGUGCAGGAGGGGAGACCCUGGAGGAAAGAGCCCGCCUAAAUUGCUGUCUGCAGAGUGAAUUUCCAGAGGCUUAGGAGGAGGAAGUUCUCCAGUGGCAUGUUUCCAGGCCUUGCUCAGGAAGCCCUGUAUUCAGGAGGCCAUCCUUUAAGGUGUUCAUGAGCUUAUGAGGGGGCAGUCUUUAAAAGGCCAAAGCAGAUGGAUCCGGGGCCGUCAGCAGAUGUGUUGCUUUGAGUGUUUGAUCCGGGAGCAACGAUCUCUGGGCACGUGAAUGUCAGCAGGCACGUCUCCUGGGUUGGAGGUUUCAGAUGCUGCCAUCUUCUAAAUUGAGUCUCCUGUCAUACUAGUGUGCUACGAACCUUGUUUCCAGAAGACUCUUAAGCUGUAGAACAUUUUAACGCUGAUGCCACAACACAGAUGAUGCCUUGUAGAUGGAGUUUGCAGAUGGAUCCCAGUGACCCUCAUCUACCCGCCUGCCUGCCUGUGCUUUUGUUGGAGGAAUUUUUAGGGUGAUACAUAAUAUGUGUGUUGGGAAAGCGUUCCAGAUUGAAAUGCAUUAGGCAAAUACUUAAAUGAAGCCAACUGGCGAAGUCGGGGGGUCGCGGGGGGCGGUCGUGGUCAUUGUGCUGUGGUAGGUGGGAGGGCGCGAGAUGGUCAUGUCCAGAUUGUGAUAGAAAUGGCAGGUUUAGUUUGGUCACUUCUGUCACCAGAAGGGAAUAGUCAGGAUACCAAUAGUAAUCUUCUGAAAAUCUUGCUCUGUAUGCUUCUUAACUUACUUGAUUAGAUUUCAGAGUAAUCUUAGUGUUCAAAUGGGAGGGCCCUGAGGUGAGGGGUUGUGGGGUGGAAAACAGCCUGAUGCUGGGAAGGGUGAGGUGAAGAAAAGGUUGUGAUUAGGUGUGGCUUGUAGAGGGUGGGAGUGGUAGGGAAUGUGGGUUGAAGGGAAUUCUCUGGACAAAAGAUCAGUAGGCAGAGCUCUGGGGAAUAGAGCUCAAAGGCAAAGAAAAUGCUGCCUUGCUAAUGCUAGUUAAAUUGUUACUUGACGUUUCUGCUAAGCGUGGGGAAGGAUUUUUCCAAAGCAAAAUUGUUUUGCUUUGCUACGAAAAGGGGAAGACUGAAAAGCUAACUGAAACCUGGAUAUCAGUCUCGAGAGAUUGGUGUCGGGGACUUGCAUCAGCAGAUAAACAUCUUUCACUGCUUUGCAAGCUGCUUAAGUGUUAUCUGAAGGUGUGCAAUGUUCAGGGACUAGUUUCAGAAAAGACUUUCAAUACCCAAAUUAUGGGCUUUUAAAGUAUUUUGAGAUUUUGGUACGCACUUAAGAUGCUUAGAUACCCUCUUCUGGGUUUGUAACAUUUUUGUUUACUUGGUAUUUUGCAGUUGAAAGUUUGAGCGAAGUGAAAAACAAUAAUUUCUAAAGGAAUUUUGUAUAUUACUUCCUACCUUAUAAACAUCUUGUCUUUUCUUUGUAAUGAGUAGUAAUAGCCAAAGUGCUUUCUUUCCAUCCUCAUUGUAACAAGGAGAACUUAAAUCAUGAUCACUCUCUAAAUACUGUAAUAUUUGGUAGCAAACAAUCUAUGUACCCUUGCUAAAGUUCAAGUUAAGCGUUUAUUCCAUCUUCAGUUUGAAUGUUUGUGUUAAGUGAAGGAGUACUAGAGGGGAAACAACCAAAGUCGGGUAGGGAAAUAAGAGCAAAACUGGGGGUGGGGAGUUUCUUGCCUGGAUUAUGUAUGUUUGUAAAAAUUUAGGGAAGUAUCAAUCCUUUGUGAUAAAGUAAUACCAGUGACUUUUUAUCCUGUCCAUUUUCCCAUUUCGUUUGGAGAAUUUUAGAUCCUCAGUACUUACGACCGGAAUUUUUCUGGGUUCUCUCAUUUUAAUGUUUACAAGUAUGUUGACGUGAUAGUUCUGUUCUUAACCUGUAACUUGGGCAUGUGAUACAGUUACUGUCAUUGGAAUUUAAAGAGUAUUAGUCAUGCCUGUAUGGGGAAAUAAGCUGUUGUGAAAUUGAAACUGUAAAAACAGAUGGAAAGGGUUCUUUUAUGUUGCGCUGUAUGGUGAGAACCAGUCCUUGUUGCAUCAUGUGUAUGACUACUAACACUUUUCUUCCCCUUUACAGCGUGAAUAAAGGUUUGAGUUCUAAACUCAUUAGAAUUAUUUGUAUUGCUAUAUUUUUUCAACCCUGACCUUGUCUGUAUAUCAUGAAGUGAAAUGUACCUUUGUACUGUAGAUUUAGGCCUAGAUUCACUAAUGUAACUCCAGACUGAGGUCAUUGAGCUUGGUGUGGUAACCUCAACAGAAUUGGUAGGUCCUGAAUGGCCUGCAUCCCCAAUGACAGUUGGGGAUGGACUUGGCUGACUGGGAGUGUGUGAUGGUUGUGCAAAAUGUGAUGACACACUACAGGCCAAUGAAGGUCAUUGUCAGGAGUGGGGGCACUAUUUCCUAACUUCUUGGAAUUUUACCCAAUUGUAUUUCCAAAUGGUACUGUUAAAAAGGGGAUCUCUCUUGAUGACUGUAAGCAGCCUAACAAGUGGAAAGGACAUGUAAUAUAUGCUUGACAUACUUUGGGAGGCUGGAAUGUGUCUGGGAUUUGGGUUUAAGCACACACUUCUCAUUUUACUAGAAUUGCAGAAGUGCUGUGCUAAGCAACUUGGAAUCCAGGGUGUGUGUUGCGACUAAGCUGACGCUGUGUCCUGGGCGGGGAGAGCCCAGCAGUGCUGCUGUUACUCUGUUCAUUGGGGCCCUAAGGUUUUGCUUUACAGGAGAUGAACUUGGAGUAGAAACCACCACUUCUCAGCCUCUGCUGAGAAGGCUUUUGUGGCCAAGGGAGUGGGAAGGGGAAAGGGACAGGCUGUGCUGUGACCACAGUGGGGGGCUGGGAGAGCAGCUGGGUGCGGCCUCCGCCCUCGUGUGUUUGCUGCAGACACUGGAAUUCAGUGCCCGCCUGCCCGAGGCUCAUGGCCCUGUCAAGAGUGGGCACUGCUGUGCAGUUUCAAGGAUCUUUCCCCUGCUCGGCACCCUCUUCCUUGAUUUCCCCAGAGCAAUCUGGGCUUCCUUUCCUACCUUGCCCUUCUUGUUUUUGCUCAGUUUUCUUCUACCUGCCUUGCCUUUUUUUCAGAGCUUAUUUUUCCUUUUGUCUCUAUACAGUGAUUACCAAACUCAAGGGUAGCUGCUAUGAGUGCCUCUGGGUACUGUUAGCUAGCGACUGGUGGGCUGAUGAAGGGUUUCUCCACAGGCGUGUGAAUGUUUGUCUUGGGAAAGGGACUCUGAAGUGGGCCUAAUAGUAUAGGAGCAGAGCAGGCAGCUGGGGGCUGUGCCCACACCCUCCCGGCCUCUGCCUUGUCCCAGGGCCCUGCCUGUUCUUCACCCUCCUUUGUUCACGGGUGGGAUAGGUCAUAGAUAUUGUUGAUGGUGUUGGUGAUCCCUGCUGAUUGGUUUGCAUCCUCAUACAUAGAUCUGAAUUCAGCCUUCCCUCUGAACUCUCAGAUGGUACAAUGAAAUUGAGUGGGCUUGUGGCAUUUAGGUAGAAAAUGGAGAUAUGGUGCAGCUAAAAGUAAUGGAGUAUAAAAAUAGCAAGAGGUGAAUUUCAAAGUUCUUUCAAAAAGAAACAGCCGGAGGGGAAGUGUUGGUUGAGGCUCCUUUGUGGGCCCAGGCUGCACACCCUGAGAACUCUGGAAAUGGACUGUGUUACCGAAGGGGUUCCUCACCCCCACUUCACUCUGUUGGCUGCCCUUGGUUUGUCCUACUGGUUGUGGCCAUGAAGGGACUCGAACCUCAUGCCAGGGCUAACCUCUUCGUACUUAAGUUUCUGGAGGAAAUGUUAACCUCUGGCCUUGAGCAGUACUUGCUAUUGUGCAGUGCUGAUAUUAAAUGAAAUGCCAAGACAGGCUUUGGAUAUUUGUGGUAAGUUUUAAAUGUUUAACAUGCAAAAAUGUACAGAUGCAGUCUGGAAAUGACAAGAGGAAGAUAGCAAAAUAACCAAAAAUAAGAAAGCUGUAUUUAGGGAGUGUGACCUUCCUCUGGGUGAGGGCAGCCAGCCCCUUCCACCCCCUGGUCUCCCAAGUAGGACACCUUUUGUUGAAGGCUCUACAUUCCAGGGGCCCUCAGCACUGCACCAACAUCCCUUUCUUUUAUUUUAAAUAACUCUUCUCAUGUUGUAAAAGGGGUAUUUAUUGUAAAGUUUACAAAUAAGAAAAUUGAUAAAAACAAAACCCUCAGUAAUCUUACUGACAGUUGUUAUUGGUCUCUUUGCUUUUAGAGGUUUGUUUUUUUUCCUGUGUAUAGGAUAUAUAUCUUUUUACACAAAAGUGAAAUUAUAUUGUAGAUUAUGUUGUGCAGCUCUUUUCACUUAGGCAUCUUUGUGGUGACAUAAUGUUCAUUGUGUGACUUUAUCAAUUUAAAUACUCAUUUAGACAUGUAAGUUAUUUUCCAAUUUUUCUUGGUAAGUAAUGCUGUAAUGACCUUCCUUCUAGCUCAAACUUUAUCAUAUCUGAUAGUAUUUCUUUGGGAUACAUGGAUAUAUUUCUACACAUGAAUUGCCUUUGUCAGACUUCUUACAUCUAAGUUCAUGUUGCUAAAUUGCCCUCCUGGGAGGGGUUUUGUAAAUAGCAUCCUCAAUCUUGAGGUAAACCUUGCUGUCCCCACUUUUUCUCAAACGAGGUGGUUUCACACUAAAAACCUUUGCUCCCCUUUUGGAUCCAGGCAGUUUUUUUUGUGUGGUGAGCCCUGCUAGUGACACAGAACAUCUGUGUGUUUCGACAUCUGCAGUGUUGUAUGUUCAUCCAUGUGUGACUUUCUACUUCGAAAUGGCUCAUUUUUCUACUGUUUUGUAAAAGCACUUAGGUGUUUAUAAUGCUUCAUUCUGUUUGAUGCAAAUAUUUUCCAGUUUGUAGAUUGCCUUUUCAUUUGUUUUUCAAUCAUACAAAAGUUAGUUUUUAUGAGUCUGUCACUCUUCAUGUGGUUUCUGUACUUGUGUUAUGUUUAGAUCUCUCCCAGCCCCAAAGGAUGUAAGUAUUAAUCUCUUGUUAUUUUGUGACAAUUGUGUGGUUUCAUUUUUUUUACAUUUAAACAUUCAAUCCAACUGGAGUUUAUAGCAGUCAGGGCUGGGGGGGUGUGUGUGUAUACAAGGGGAGGCCUGGUGCCUGCCCAGAGCCCUCGGGCUUGCUGCUUCCCUGUGGCUGGAUGAUGGAGUGGCAGAGAGUGCUGUCAGCUGGGAGACUUGUCACAACUGGCCGGUUCACUGAAGACGUGAGGGGCAGGCAGCUGUUGUGUUAACUGAGCCCAACUGGCACCCCGGGUGGGGGCGGUUCCAGUGCAGACAGACAUGCUGAUCUACUCCUGACGGGAGCUUUCUGACGGAGCAGUUUCUGAGCCUUGCGGGGCUGGUUUUCCUCCUGUGUGAGGUGGGGGAGUGGAUGUCUGUAUUUGGCACAUGGUCACUCAUUGAGUGCGUAUGGUGAUUCCUUCGCCUCCUUCAUGGUCAGCCUCAGGUCCAGCCUCUUCCUUCUGGUUCCCACUAGUUACCCACCUUCUCUGAGCCUUUCAUGUAGUGUAAUCCGUGUGCAUGUUUUGGACUGUUCUGGUUUUCCACCUUAAGUUUGUUUCCAUGUAGAUUUCCCUGUAUCACCAGAGUCCACAAAUGUGUUGGAAGUGCUUUUUCUCAGGGGUAUUCUCCCACAGAAAUCCCAUGGAGGACUCUUCUAGAAGCCUGUGAGUGCUCUGAAACUGUUUUUCCAUGGAAAGCAUAAGCUUGCUGAAGGGGUUCAUGACCUCAAGAAAAUACCAUGAAUGAACAGUUGCAUUACUUUAUCCUAUUGUGCAUAUGCUAUAAGAUGUUGAGCCAGUAAGUUUUGUGAAAAUAUGUAAAUAUGUAUUGGUAGAAAAAAAAAUAUAUGUAUAUACAUAUGUUUUCUAGGGUGGCACAGCCUGGUCACUGAACAUGCAUGGUUUUCUAACUUUUGUCACAGACUUUUAGAUACUCUCCAGAUACCUUAUACUUCCUCUUGUGAAAAUAUCCAUUUCCCUUCAUAAUUGCUAGCAUCAGGUUCUUCUAUUUUAUUGCUACUAUUUAUCUAUUCUUACUUUCUAAAAAACGAGUGGUAACAUAUGCAUGUAUUUCACCAUCUUAACCAUUCUACUGUACAGUUGAGUAGCGUUCAGAUAAUCUGCAGAACUUUCUCAUUUGGCAAAAUUGAAACUGUACCCAUUAAACUCAUUCUCUUCUUCCUAACCCUGGGCAACCACCAUUCUGCUUCUGUUUCUAUGAGUUUGAGAACUCUGGGUGCCUCAUAUUAAGUGGAAUCAUACAAUACUUGCAUUUAGUGACUGGCUUAUUUUAUGUAGCAUAAUGUCCACUAGGUUCAUCUAUAUUGUACCAUGUGUCAAGGUUUUUUCCCUUUUUAGAAGAAUAUUCCAUUGUUUAUAUAUAUCACAACUUGUUGAUCCAUUGGACAUAUCUAUUCAUCUCAUCCUUGAACAUUGGGUUGCUUCUACUUUUAAGUUGUGAAUAAUUUUGUUGUGAACAUGGGUGUACAAAUGCCUUUUUGAGACACUGCUUUCAAUUCUUUUGGAUAUAUACCCAGAAGGGGUAUUGUUGCCUCAUAGGAUUUUAAAUUUUGGGAGAACUUUCAUACUAUCUACAGUAGCAGCUGCACCAUUUUAUACUCCUAUGGACAAUUUACAAGAUUUCAUAUCCUCACCAACACUUGUUUUUAGUGUAGCCAUCUUAAUGGGUGUGAAGUGAUAUUUCAUUGUCAUUUUGAUUUACACUUCCCUAAUAGUGGUGUUGAGCAUCUUUUCAUAUGCUGUUUGGCCAAUUCUGUAUCUUUGGAGAAAUGUCUUUUCACUUUUGCCCAUUUGAAAAAUGGUUUGUUUGUUUUUUGUUGUUGAUUUAUGGGAGUUAUUUACAUAUUCUGGAUAUUAACCCCUUAUCAGAUACAUGGUUUACAAAUAUGUUUUUAUUUUCCAUAGGUUGCCUUUUCACUGUUGUGUGUUUUGAUGCACAGAAGUUCCAAUUUUGAUGUAAUUCAAUUUAUCUGUUUUUACUUUUGUUACUUCUGCUUUUGGUGUCAUGUCCAAGAAACUGUUGCCAUGUUGAUUGUUACAAAGUAUUGCUACUUUAUUUAAAAAAUACUUAAGUAGUCAGCCUGUAUUUCUGUAAUUACUGUUUAGUCUAUUUUACCACUUGAUUUACCAUCUGUAUUUUUUCUUUAACCAUUUACCAUAUAAAAUUUCUAUAUUGAUUUUUAUGAAGGUCAUGAAUUCCUUGUAUAGUUGGGAAGGGAAGCUUUUGCCAAUGAUUAUCAAACUUACUCUCAUUAUUUUCCUUUUAUUGUGCUUAGAAAGUAUUAUACAAAGACGUUUUAAAGAUUGAUGUAAUAAGACUAAUAAUAACAACUAAUAAGACUGUUGGGUUUGCUUCUGAUUACUUUUUCUUUAGUAGCUAAACAUGUAUGUACUCCCACCUUAAAGUAAAUUCUCUUCUCCAUUUAAGGAUUUAUGUAUCCAGCCUACUUGGUGUAUCUAAACUAAUUACACUGAUAAAGUUGAAUUAUCAGACUUCAAGUGAAUACUGUCAUCACUCUUUUGUCCCAGGUCUGUCAAUAUUAGCUUUUUGUAAUUAUCUGCCUGAAUCUACUCAAAUUUUUAGUCUCUAGUUUUUAUUGUUUCUAAUCAAAUGCUUUGGAUUUUAAUAACUUAGUGUUCAUUAUAAAAUCUAAUAAGUGGAAAAUGUGAUACUCCUUAAGGCAAGAAGAAUAUUCCUUUGUUGGAACUUGAGCACACAGAACUGGGUUAAUCUUUGGUUCAAGACAAAAUAUGGCUGUCUUUUAUUUGGUUCCUUGAUGUUUUAAUACUGUGGCAAACAUUUUUGAAUCUUCUAGUGGACAAACUAGGACUUCUAGACAGUAACUUUUGCCACCUAUGUGGUUCUGGUCGUUUCCCUUCCUGCCUCCCUCUAAGCCAAAGUAGUUAAUGAUCCUGAAUACUAAGUUUCCCUUUUACUUAUUAUUUUCUCAUAUAACUUUGGAAAAAGAAAAAAACUUACCUAAUGAAUUAUAAUUUUCAUUUUAGUAGUUUUUAACUUUAUAGAAAAAGCAUAUAAGCUUCUGGAAUUUUUCUCAUUUAAUGAUAUUGCAAUUCAUCCUUUACCUUGUGUGUAGUUUGUUUGGAGUCUCUCAUGUGAUAUGGACACAGUUAAUGAUUCCAUUUUUCCCGUUGUUUUUUAUUCUGGUCAGUGUAAUUGGAUAAGUGGUAGGUGGAUGCUCUCUUAUACAAAAUUAAUGCUUGACUGACUAGGUUGUCACUACCAAUACACCACCCCCCCCCCGACCCCAACCAACCCCACCUUGAGUGCUGUUUCCUGCUAGACUUUUUUCUAUACAUUUUUAUCCACAUCUAAUAUUAAAAAACCUAUGUAAGUGGGAAAAUACUGUUUUAUACCAUAUAUCAUCAUUGACUUGCUUUUUUCAUUUGGCAGUAGGGAGAUUCCCAUGAGUACGUGUUGAACUGCCAGCCUUGUAUUAAGCUGCUGGGUACUAGUCCUUUACUUGGAUGUUCCGUGAGUUAUUUAGACCUUCUGCUACUGGUGGAUAUUUACGCUAUUUCCAGUCCUUUUGGAUGCUAUGUGAUCAUUGUCCUACACACCCUGUGUGCAUACACAUGAAUGUUUCUCAGAGUAGGUACCAAAAUGUCAGACAUUGUAUACUCAAUUCUGCCCUGUUCUCCAGAGUAGGUGUACAAAUUCUCUUGCCUGAGUAUGAGUGUAUAUGUCCAUAUCCUCUUUGACAGUCUGAAUAGCAAGGUCUGAAAUUUCUGCCAGUUGCUGUCUUUGAUCUGUCAUGUAUUCACAGUGACCCACUGAGACUUUAAUGGGUACAGUGGACUCUUGUCAUCUGUGGGUUUACAUUUGUGGGCUUGAAACUGAUGGAGGUGCCUGAAUCCAAGACAUAUAAUCAUUUGUAAUGUUCUUGAGGUAUAAUUUUUUGAGUUAUUCAUGUCCUGAGGCUGCUGAGAGUGCCCAGCCAAACACUCUCCAUGUCCCCCUGUGGUUUGUUCUCCACUUGUCUCUGCAUUGCAGCAACUCUCGAAGGGACCAAAACUUGGAAGAUUUAGGUAAGUUCAUGGCUAAUGUUACUAUACUAUGUACUGUAGUAAUGGAUGGGACUGUGGAGUGUAUGUGGCAGAAUUUAUAUUAAUCCCUUUAUAAAUCACUAGUUUUGCAUUUAAAUUUUAAAUGCUAUGUUAAAAACAUAGAAGAUAGACGUUUCUCUGUAGUUCUUCUCCCAAGAAUAGUUAUUAAUAGAAACUUCAUUUAUUGGCCUUCAGACAUUUCCCCUCCGUGGACAUACAGCAAUUUAUCCUAUUAUCAUCUGCUCAAUUGCAAACAUGCGGUAUGACUGUUCUGCAACAUCUUUAUUAUUUUCAUGACUCUAUAAUUAUUUAAUCUUGAGCAUGUUGGUAUAGUCAUUUUAACCAUUUUCCUGUUUACAAGUUUUUAAGGUGAUUUCCAGGGUUUUCUGGCCAUACAAACAGUGCUGCAGUGAGCAUCUUAUAAAUACCUCUUUGUGCAUGUGCUAUGCCAGCCCUCAGGUCAUGAUGCCUGCAGGAGGCGUGAGCUCCAGGCACACCUGCUUCAAACGCCCUGUACCCAGCUCUCCUGCCCUGGUGCUGUCCAGGUCUGGGGCUCAGAGUCUUGUGAGGUGGGUUGAGAGUUUCUGCUGCCCAAGUAGAAUUAUGCUGGUCUUCUCCUGAUGUGCUGUGAAAUUCAGUUGAAACUGCUUGUUCAUAUCAGUUUCUGACUUAAGAUGGUGUCUGACUUUUUAGCACAAAACAAAGACAGGCCUGACAAACCUCAAUCUUUUCUAGUGUUCUUCCCCUAAGCGGGUUGAAAAACAAACUCUUCUAGAAAAGCAGUUGUGACAUUUGCAAAAUCACCUUAUGUGUUUGGUCUGUUGAAACCUGUCUGGCCCCUGUCUGUAGGCAUUUCUGUUCUCGGGAAAGAGGUGUUCAGGGUGGGGCACAGUCUGCUCCGUCUGUCUUCUCAGCACUGCCCUGGCUGCUUUCUGGUUUAAGUACAUGCUCGCCGUCCUCAAAGAGGCCACCCGAUGCCAGGAACACAGAUGUGGAUCCCUGUCUCUCACUCUCCCCAUGGGGUCACGAGGACUUCAGGGUCAGUCCCCACAGCCUUGUUCUCUCCCUGCAGCUUCUGGGGUGAUCGCUGCACUGUCCCCCUUACUCUUCUGUCGAUGUGACAACUAUGUGACCUGCCGUCUGGGUGUCAGAUCCAGGCCCUGCCUCUGACCUGAGCUGACCCUAAGAGCAAAGACUCCUCUAAUUCAACUUAAAGGUGUAAAAAAUGUUCAAAGUAAAACCUGCACAUAUUAAAAUCCAAACCCCAUAGGAGUUACCGUGAUGUUUUUUCCUCCAACCCCUGGCCUCCCUUCCUGUAGAGACUGGUGUUGUGGCCAGUAGUUGCUGGCGUUUUCUGGAGAGUUCUUGUAUGUAUUUUGCUGUGAGGUCCUGAUAAACCACAGGCCCUAUGUUGCACUGUGGGUGGUUCAGAUAACGGUGCAUUGAGGAACUCAUUGUGUACCUGUAUUGUCUGCCUUGGGCACUCCAGUAUCUGUGUGCAGGUCCAUGUUUGAAUUAUCCAGUCCCCUUUUGAGGAACAACUAAGGUUGUUUCCAGUAACUUUUACUGUAUGUAAAUCUAUACUGAGUAUCAGUUUCUAUGUGUUUUUAUGUGCAUGGCAGCUACAUCUGUGCGGUACUUUCUUUUGAGGGAAAUUCUGGCCCGUAGUUCCUUUCCAAACAUGAGGGAGCCAUCAGCUUACACUCCAGGAAGGCUGUUCUGGUUGACCAUUCCCUACACCUUUACCGACACUGUUCUUGAACUCGGUUAUUUGUCUAUGAAAAGUAAAAACAGUUAUUUCAUUGCAGUUUUGAUUUGCAUUUCUAUUGGGGUGUGUAUUUAGGGAUUUUUAAGAGCUCUCAGGCAAAGCAGAGCAAAAAAAAAAAAAGCUCUUAGGGCUUCCCUUGUGAUUUAGCUGGUAAAGAAGAGCUCUUAACAGAUUAGAGACGUUAAUCACCCUUUUUAUUUGUGCUGCAAAUGCUGUUUGUCAUUUACCUUUAAAUUUUAUGCUUCUAGAGUUUUUGGUGUUCAAGAGUUUUAAAUAUAUUUAAGCUUUUUUAUGAGUUUCCUUUUAUGGCUUCUGGAUUUUAUGAGUAGUUCAGAGAGACCAAUCCAGCUCAAGAUUAUUUUUUGUUAAACCUUGUGUUUUGCUCAGUUCUUUUAAGGUUUUAUUUUUAUUUGAACCUUAGCUCCAUCUGGACUUAGGUAUCAUCCCUACAUGACUUACUGAUUUAUGUACCUGUUCACUAUUUAUCUGUCCAUGUUCCAGUUUUAAAUAUUGUAGUUCUGUGCUUCAUUAUAUGGUAAAGAUGGCCUACCUCAUUAUUUCACUCCCCCAAAUUUUCCCAGUGAUUCUUGCAUAUUUCCUUUUCCUUCUGUAUUAUGUCCUCAUGCUGUUGUCUCCCUGUGCUAGGAUAAGGCAUGUACUCCCGUUUACUCCAGUUAUUUGAUUUGGGUCUAUAGGAUGUGGAAAGCUGUGGUUCACUAGACUGAUCUUAAUCUGUCUGUAAUUACUUUAAUAUUUUCAUGACUCUGUAAUGUUUACUCUGUAUGGUCAUUUUAGCCAUUUUCUUAUUGUGUGUCUGGGCAUCCUAACCUGCUUCCAGAGAGCCCCCAACCCGCAUCCUCAUGACCACCCACAUCACAGCACUUCCAUGUUUUUCUGCUGAGCCUAAUGGUUACUUGUCACUAUUGAUCUGACAAUGUCCUGUUCAGUGGACUCUACAGAUGAAAUACUCCAACAAAACAUACUGCCAACAAUGCCAAUACCUUUCUGCAGACCCAGCGUGAAGAAUGAAUUGGGCAUAUUCUAGGAGGUCACCUCCUAGGAAGGUAGUUCAGCUGGAGGGUUUGGAUUCUGAACCUCUGUCCCUGUGUGGCUGACUCCUGUCAGUUAGGAUGAUCUGUGUACCCAGAAUGUCUAAGGGGAAUCCUGUCCUGGUAAGCAGUGCCUGACCCUGAACUGCCUUUUUCUCCCAUCCACACCUGACAGACUGUUUACAAAAUGUCUUGCAUGCUUUUCUGCCUUAUCAGAGUGGUUACACAAAUUAGAAUUUACCAUUGCUUUAGUGUCCCACCAUCCACAUACACAUUGUCCUGUUGGGAACACGGCAGUUGACUUGGGAUCUGCCUCGGUGACCUGUUUGUCCCCUCACGGACCAUCCUCCCCAGCCCAGUCCAGCCCUUCCUCAGGGUUGGCCCACCCUUCCUGUACCAGACUUGCGGUGUCUAUACUGGGGCGAACUGAAGGUGAGACAGCAGGCCUUCCCUUCAGUUAUUUUACUAUUUCACCUGUGCGUCAGUGGUGGCCUGCGUCUCUUCGGAGGUAAUGUGUGUUUGUUUUUCAACCAAACACAAUUCUGUUUUCUGAUUAUGAUUUUUUCUCAUUUGCUGUUGAAAUACACCAGGAUGCUUUUCUUUGUCUUGGAAGAUAACAUUGUGCAGAAAUCUGAUUGUUUCCUUAGGGGAAUUUCUUACUGGUGACAUUACUGGCUCAGUGGGCAUGGCCAGUAUGAAGGCUUUGGUCUCAUGUUUCUGAGUGCCUUCCUGAAAGGCCAGCACACCUCGGCAUGGCCCUGCCCUUUUUCUUGGCUGGUUGGCAGUUUAAGCAGUGCCUUAGUGUUUUAAUUUGAACAUUUUGACACUGUAGGGCUGAAUAUACACUAUCUGUGUGUGUUAGUUGAUCUCUGUAUCUGCUUUGUGCUUCACUUUUAUUUUCAUCGCUUCCUAAGAAUCCUUUUUUACAUUGAGGACAUUUACUGUAGAUAACUACAAAAUGUUUUUCAGGUUUGUAAUUUGCUUUUUAAGUUUACAUCUUGGAUCUUGCUGUUGGUUUUAAAUUUUGUAAUCAAAUCUGAUUUUAUCAUUAAGGUUAUGUACUUUGGUGUCGCUGCACAGCCUGUGGGAUCUUAGCUCGAAUCCAGACCCCUGCAGUGGAAAUGCAGAGUCAUAACCACUGACCUGCCAGCGAAGUCCUUUUUCUUGUUCUUUUGUGGUAUCAUUUUUGACAUUUAACGUUUUACUCCAUCUAGAAAUUGUGGUGUACAGUAUGAGGUAAGAAUCUAAUUUAGAUCUUUAAAAAUGGUUAACAAAUUUUCCCAUACUAAGUAAUUGCGCUCUCUACUGAUUUGUUAAUUAUGGGCUAAAUACUUUGAAUCUGUUCAUGAACUCUUCAGUCUGCUCCACUAAUACCUUUCCUUGUGCCAACCCAAUGUUUUAAGUAUUUACAAGUAUUUGGAUUUUAUUAGAGUUGAAUUGCAUUUAUAUACAUGUUACUGAAACUUCCCGUUUAGGAACUGGCCUCCCUGUUAAUUCAGGAUUGGAUGAUUUUCACGUCUCUUGGGAAUUUUAGACUUCAUUCAAAUUAAGCACGUUUAUGAAGUAUGUUCCUAAUAGCAUCCAAAGUGGUUCAAUGCAUUUUUCUAUUAAAAUUUGACUAUGGUAGUAUAUGGUAAGACUGGUUUUCUGUAUUUUAUAAAUAAACACAUUGAACUUCAUUACUAGAGCCAUUUGAGAUGCAGUAUAGCAUCUUGGCUAAAAGUAUGGAUGUUCAAGUUACAUGACCCUACUUUCAUGCUGGGCCUGCCUCAUUUCUGUGUGACCAUCUCUCUGCCUCGGUUUUCCCAUAUGUACAGGGAGGGGAGUGAUAAUCAUAUUAUCUGUGAAGAAGUGGGAUGAGGACUAAUGGAGCAGUGUAAGCUUUGCGCUUGGUGCUGGCCUGCCAUGGAGUGAGCACUGUUCAAAGUGGUUUCCAAGUAACGUCACCUUUAAUCAUUAUAUUAUCCAUAUGAUUUAUUCUGUUUUCAUGCUUCUCUCCUGUCUUGUUUGCAUUGGCUAUAAUUACAUUGAGAUCCUGUUCCCUUCUGACCCAGCCAUUAGCAAAUGAAGGAGGCAGCACAGGCAGCCCACACCAAGUUGCCCAAGGGAGUGAUUGUUCUGCUGGUGGUCCUCAAGAGAGUUGGGGUGAUCUGCUGAUAUACAUUUUAAAUUUCAAUGUUUAUGUAUUUUUUUUAACAUGUACUUGAAAAUUCCUUGUUUUCCACUUGUGGUAAUACAAAGUUUCCUUUUUUGACUGAAAUAUUCACAGUAUCAUAAAAUUCAUGCUUUCAAGGUGUAUGAUUAAGUGGGUUUUAGUAUGUUCAGUAUGUUGUGAAUGUGCUGUGUGUUCACAUUAGUUCACAUACACUAAUGUUCCAUUACUUUUCAUUAUCUCAAACAGAAGCUCUCUACCCCUACAAUCUCCCCAUCUUCCAACCCCCCCCCAAUCCCUAGUUCCUUUAUUAUACUCUGUGAAUUUGCCUUUUCUUGAUACCUUGUGUAAGUGGAAUCAUAUGUUUGUCUUUUUGUGUCUGUCUUAUUUAGCAUGGUGUUUUCAAGGUUCAUUCAUCUUGUGGCAGGCAAUAAUACUUCUUUUUGUGGCUGAGUAAUAUUUCAUGGUAUGGAUAUACCAUAUUUGUUUAUCCAUUCAUCAGUUGGACAUUUGAAUUGUUCCACUAUUUUUGCAAUUAGAAGUAAUGCUUCUGUGAACAUUUGUGUACAAGUUCUUCUGCAAACACAAGUGUUUGCUGGUAUAUACCUAUAUUCAACCAAAGUAUUUCUCAGUGGAGCUGUGCUGUUUUACAUUCGCAUCAGUAAUUUAUGAGGGUUCCAGUUUUUCCACAUUCUUGCCAACACUUGUUCUUACCUUUUUGGUUGUAGUCGUCCAAGUGAACACGAUGGUGGUAUCUCAUAAUUUUGAUUUGCCUUUCUGUGAUGACCGAUAAUGUCAAGCACAUUGGUUUUUUUUUUUUUGUCAAGCACAUUUUUAAUGUGUUUGUUAGCCAUGUGUGUAUCUUCUUUGCCAUUUUUUUUAAUUGGGUAUUUGUCUUCUCAUCAUUGAGCUGUGAGUUCUUUAUAUAUUCUGGAAGCAAUACCCUUAUCUGAUAUAUGAUUUCCUCAUGUUUUCUCCCAUUCUGUGGGUUGCAACUCUACUUUCUUGAUACUGUCUUUUGAAAUAAGUUAACUUAUAUUUUAAAAGUUAGUUGAUUUAAGGGGGGGGAAAUAGGACUGCUGUAUUCAGAUGUGGCAAAAAGAUAUGUGAAUUAAAGUUUGGGAAAAGUGUUUUCUGUGAGACCACAAAUGUUUAGAGAGAAAAAAGUGCGAACCUUAAAUGAGAAGUAAGUGAAUGAGGAGUGCUAUCCGUCCAUAGUGAUGUCAACGGGGUCACUGCUAGAUGCACUGGGAUCAUUUGUUAGUAGAUUAUGAGGAAGCUUCUGUUUUUUUUUUAAAUCAGUGAUAGGGAUUUAUUAACGUCUUUUCUGCAUCUUUUGAGAUGGAGCAUCAGGUUUUUCUCCUUUCAUUUUCUAAUGAUUAAGAAUUAGUUGGGAUAGUAAGCCCUCCUAGGACUUCUGAAACAAACUUUUCCAGGCCUGGAGCUCUAUUUUGUUGACAGAAAUGAACCAGAGGGUCGACUUUGACUUGGGGCCUUGUCAGGCAAGCAGGUGUCGGGAUCUCAGGAAAGGCAGACAUAACUUCAGGGCAAGUGGUUUGAGCUCAGCCCUGACAGCUGAUCCCUCCCUGUUCCCUACUUUGCUGCUUAUCGGCAUAUGCUUUUGGCCAAAUUCCUUAAAUUCUUAAAGCCAAUUUCCUCAGAAUGGGUAGAAAAACAGUGCAUUGCUCUCAAACAGUGUGAAGCUGAAGUGAGGUGUGCAUGUGGUGCGGGUGCUGGGAGGUGAGUGGUGGUGCCACCCCCCUGUCCCUUCCGACAGAAACGAUAGAAAGUUCCCAGCCUUCUCGCACAGCGUGGGGUGUUCUGCCACUUCUUUCCAGAGGUUGAGUGGUUCUUUGAAAACUGAGUCAACUGGACUAGUCAAUAUUUCUAUCUGAUCAUAAACUUUUCAGGUUUUUUUUUUUUUUAUUAGUUGGAGGUCAGGUUUAUUUUCUAAAAAAAUUACGUUCACAUGUAUUAGUGUGCAAUAUUCUUUUACACUUUAUUUACAUUUUAAUAUCCUUAUGAGUAGUUUUCUUCACUUUGUUCUUUGUUUUAAAUCAAUGUAUUGUUGACUGUGCUGAGUCUCCUCUGUUGUGCACGGGCUGUCUCUAGUUAUGGUAAGCAAGGGCUACUCUAGUUGCCAUGCACAGAAUUCUCAUUGUUGGUGGCUUCUUUUGUUGUGGAACACCAGCUCUUGUGCCCUAGAGCUCAGUAGUUGUGAGCGCAGUAGUUGUGGAGCACAGGCUGAGUUGUCCUUUGACAUGUGGAAUCUUCCUGGACCAGGGAUCACACCUGUGUCCCCUGAAGGUGGACUCCAAACCACUGGACCACCAGGGAAGUCCUUCACUAUGUUCUUAUUGCUGGUUUUUCUUUUUCUUUUUCUUGAAUAGUCCUUUUUUUUUUUUUGGUUAGUGUUUUAAGAACUCUAUUUUAUUGAUCUUUUCGAAGAAGCAACUUUAGAUAAAAUAAGUAGUUCUGCUUUCAUUUUGUAAUUCAUAAAUUUCUGCUUUUAUUUCAUUCUUCUCUCUGGCUUUCCUUGGAUUUUGUUCUGUUACUUUCUUUCUAGAGCCUUGCAUACCUCAUUCAUUCAUGUUCAGAUUCACAUACUUUUAACAACGGAAAGAAAGAGGUGGAGAAUGGCACAGGGUGGCUGUGGCCUGAGGUCCUGCUCCAGCCCUGCGGCUCUGUCAUCCCUGUGACCUUGGACAGGGUCCUCAACUACUGAGGUGUGGGGCCUGUCUAAGAGAGGCUACUGAUGCCACCCAGGAGGAUGUACCCAUACCAGUUGGUGCCUGGGGCCUGGCAGACACAUGGAGAGGGAAUUCAGCAAAGAGAAGCAGUGAACUGCUGUCGCCUCCUUCGAGUUUUGACUUCUAACGCUCAUCUCCAUGGCCAGACCCUGAGCUGGUCCCCAGGAACACAGGUAAACAUAAUGACUGGCCCUGCCUUCAUGGUACACUUUUUUUUUUAAACUAUGGUAAUGAGCCUCUGGUUUACUGAACGGUUACUUGAAGAAGUGACCAGAAGUAGUUCUAAACACUACUGCUUUUUUGAAUCUAUGGCUUCCUUUGUUCAUUGCUUAAAGUAUUAUUUUUAUAAAUGUUCCACGGCACGCAAGAAGGUAUUCUCUGAUACGUUCCACAUUCUGGAUCAGUCCCUUUGCAUGUUUUUUGGUCUGGUCCAAAUCCACUACGUCUUUUUGUAGGUGAGGAGUGUGGUUACAUUCUCAGCACCUCUUCUGGUUCUCCCCGCUUCCCCCAAGAUGGCUCAGCAGCUCUGUUCUCUGUGUUUUGCUGCAGCAUCAUUGGAACAUCAAGAUCUGCCUGUUUGACUGCUGCCUGCUUGGAAUUCACUUUGUCUGAUGUAGACAGGGCAGCCCUUCAUCCCACCCCACCCCCCGCCUGGCCAUGUCUCAUUUGCAUUUGACUGAACUACGUGUGGAGGGUUCUUUUCAACUGAAAUUUGAAACUAUUUUUACGUCUUUCUGCCUAUGUAUGUUCAUUUUACAUCGUUAAAUUGGUAGCUCUUUGUUUUUUCCACUUCAGGUUAUGUUGUGGGCACAGUUAACCUGCUGAAACCAUGCACCUGUUCUAAUUGAGGCCCCCUGGGCAUUCCAGGUGGGAGACUGUCACUGCUGCCUUGUGGGCCAUAGCAACUGGGGUCCAGCAUUCUGUGAUGACAGACGACUGUCACAAACGUCCUUGGGCAAAUUCCUCAUGGCCUUGCACUCCCCACUGGCCAAAGGGAAGAAGCACUUGCCUAGUCCUCCUUGCUCACUGCCCUGUGCCCUCCAGAUGGUUCUCAGUGGCCAGUGACGCGCUUAUAUUUGCUCAUUGACUUAUGAGUGUGUGGUGGUUUCUUGAAGCCACUUUAAUUUUCACCCUUUUAGCCAGUGGCAUGUUUCCCUGUGAAGAUCACCCUCUGGGUUUCCCAAAGUACAAGCAGUAAGGGCCUUGUCACUAACGUGUCAAAUUAACUCUUUGCUCAUCUUGCAGUGUGUUUUGACUACCCCCAUUUCUGGGGCCUUUUAAGGUCAGAGCUUUGUUGCUUCAUCAUCAGGUUGGGACUUAGAUGGCCAUGCACGUCUCUCUCUCCUGCUGCAAUAAGUAAGUGCUGCCUUUUGUUGCGUGUUUGGGGGGUGAAGCUGAAGGAAGGCUGUGAGGGGAAAUGGGCUAAAAAGAGGGACAGGGACAUGAGGGAUGUGGGUGAGGGGAUGGAGGCUUGGCCCAUAGGCCUGGCUUUGAGCCCACCCAGUGGGCCCUAGACCUUAGGGUGAGGGAUGUGUGAGAAUGGGGUCGGCCCUGCUCACACUUCUCAGCCUAAUGUGUGGUGUGGCCCUGCGCAGGUUUCAGUCCUCUGAGUUUCUCAGCCUUUCAUAUGGACUUUGCCAAGGAAGGGGCUUCUGAGCUCCUUGGGGCUGACAGCAGGGGUCCAGGAGCCCUCCCCCUGGGAGAGGCCGGGACAGAACUUCUGGAUGAAGAUUACAAAGCUGGGAGGGGUGCACCCACUGGACCGGUUGUGGGCCCAGGGGAGGCAGAGCCUGGCCUGGGAGCAGAGGGUGCUGAGGGCAGGGGGCUGGGAGGGAGAGCUGGGGGCAGGUACUGGCCAGGGUCCACAGUGAGCCCCUCAUACCUCUGGGCCCCAGAACGCAGGCCCCGCUGAGUCGGUGAGAGGAGAGACUGGUGGGGACCCUGUGCUUCCGACUUCGUCUUCCAGUCAAGGCAGUUCCCAGGAGGGAUUCCACAGCUGACGAUGGCUGAGACGGAGGACAGCAGACGAGGAGCCUAAAGGAACGCAUAGUGUUGCUCGCUGAAAUCUUCCGGCUGGCCCGGCAAGUGGCGCCCAACAGCGUGGAGCUCGACGAAAGUUCCUUGCGGCCGCUGCCCGUUGAAACUAUUAAGGUAAGUAAGAGUGUGUGUACUUGUAUAUUGAGGGGCAGGAAGGAAUAUUGUCGAGAGUAUAAACCAUGGGACAAGAUAAUAGUCGUCAGUUGUUUGUGCAUAUGUUACAGAUAAUGUUAAAGGAUCGGGGAAUGCAGGUUACUAAAACAAAAUUGCAGACUUUUCUUAGUUUUGUUGAGGAAGUAUGUCCCUGGUUUCCGCAGGAAGGAACUAUGAGUUUAGAGAUAUGGAAAAAGAUAGGGAAACAGAUUCAAACAUAUUAUACUCUCCACGGACCUAAUAAGGUUCCUGUGGAAACAUUUUCAUUAUGGUCUUUAAUAAGAGACUGCCUUGAUUUUGAACAUGAGGAAGGGAGUAAAUUAAAACACAUGCUCCCACCCAAAGAACCAAUUUAUGCUACUCCUAAAGUUUAUGCUACUCCUGAAGGGAAAGGACCCACAACCUUUGAAUUAGAAUCUGCAAAACCUUUGAAGGAAAAUGAGGGAACGCUGACUUCAGAGGAUGAGGAAAGUUUAGAGGAACAGGCAGCUGCUUACCAUAAGGAUGAUCAUUGGGAAUUACUUGUAACUGACAAUUCGAAUGUGCAGGCAGCAGCUGCCCCUCUGACAAAGGGUCUGGAGGCACUCAUGCAGAAAUUAUUAAUAACAAUAAAGGAAGAAAUAAAAAGGGAAGGUAGGGAUGAAGGCGCUGGUGCAAUCUCUACUGCGCCUCCUGCUUAUGCACCCUCAACUAUUGCUGGAUUAGAUCCUCCACCUAUUUCCAAACCUGAAAAUUUGUUGAAUAUAACUCGUGAAUCACACAGUUUGUCCCCCUUGCAAAAGGCUAUGCAACAGGCCCAAAGAGCUGGAGAAACUGUUCAGGGAUUCUCCGCUGCUUUCCCGGUAUUCGAACAUGAAAACCAAAGGUAUUAUGAAGCUUUACCUUUCAAAAAACUAAAGGAAUUAAAAAUUGCCUGUGCUCAAUAUGGACCUACGGCUCCUUUUACCCAGACCAUGAUAGAGAGUCUAGGAGGUCAAAAUUUGCCACCUAGUGAUUGGAAACAAAUUGCAAGAGCUUGCUUAUCAGGAGGGGACUAUUUAUUAUGGAAAUCAGAAUUUACAGAACAAUGUGGCCAUAUAGCUGAACUAAACCAGCGACAAGGGAUCAAUACUACAUAUGAAAUGUUGGUAGGGGAAGGGGCCUACCAAAAUACCAAUGCUCAAUUGAACUAUUUGCCUGGAGCAUAUGCUCAAAUUUCUAAUGCUGCCCGGCAGGCUUGGAAAAAGCUCCCUUGCUCUAGUAAUAAGACUGAGGAUCUUUCAAAAAUUCGUCAGGGGCCUGAUGAACCAUAUCAAGAUUUUGUGGCUCGUCUUCUUGAAGCAGUAGGUAAGAUUAUGGCUGAUGAGCAGGCUGGAAUGGUGCUUACUAAACAAUUAGCCUAUGAAAAUGCAAAUUCUGCCUGUCAGGCUGCGCUUAGACCGUACAGAAAAAAGGGAGGUCUAUCAGAUUACAUUCGUAUAUGUGCUGAUAUCGGAACUUCCUAUAUGCAGGGUAUUACCCUGGCUGCAGCUUUACAAGGGAAAAGCAUAAAAGAAGUAUUAUAUCAACAGCAAAUGAAAAAUAAACGAGGAUUACCUAGUAGAGGAAAUGCUGGCUGUUUUGUUUGUGGCCAGCCUGGACAUCGUGCUGCCUUUUGCCCCCAACGAGCCAAUUCAGGGAAUAUUAAAACUCCUAAUUUAUGCCCUAGGUAUAAAAAAGGAAGACAGGAAUCUGUGACCUAUUUGGGAAGAGAUCCCCACUUUAUUUGUAUUCCUUUUUCAACUGAACAGCAACAAUGGCUCUCUCAAUUUUCUGAUGAUUGGGCAAUUGCGCUUGCACAGUAUGCAGGGGAGAUUAAACAACAUUACCCUGCUAAUAAAUUGUUACAAUUUGCACAGCUGCAUCAGUUUAUUUUUCCAAAAGUCGUACAGCAAUGCCCUUUGAGAAAGGGGACAACUGUCUUUACUGAUGGAUCUUCCAAUGGCAUAGCCAGUUUGAUAAUCGAAAAUGAAUCUUAUUAUUGUCAAACCUCAUAUUCAUCAGCUCAGGAAGUAGAGCUUUUUGCAGUACUCCAGGCUCUGCAACGUGUUCCUCAAAGUUUUAAUUUAUACUCUGACAGUCAUUAUGUUGUCAGAGCUCUCUCAGUCAUUGAAACAGUACCCCUCAUUGGAGCUGCUAAGGCCUCUAUUCAAACCUUGUUUUUGAAAAUUCAGAAUCUCAUUCGAGCCCGAACUCAUCCUUGCUUUUUUGGGCACAUACGUGCUCACACUGCCCUUCCUGGGCCUUUAGCGGCUGGGAAUGCUCUGGCUGAUGAAGUCACCCAUACGGUAUGUUAUUCUUCCUUAACCCUUACCUCUGCAGCACAGGCCUCUCAUGCAAUACACCAUCAGAAUAGCAAUUCAUUACGGCUGCAAUUUGGAAUUUCUCGGGAAGCCGCUCGUCAAAUUGUAAAAGCUUGUCCUACUUGUCCACAGUUUUUUGUGCUCCCAACAUAUGGAGUCAAUCCUCGGGGUUUACUCCCCAAUGAUUUGUGGCAAAUGGAUGUUACACAUAUUUCUGAUUUUGGAAAACUGAAAUAUGUGCAUGUUACUAUUGAUACUUUCUCUGGGUUUAUCAUGGCCACACUUCAAUCUGGAGAGGCUAGUAAACAUUGUAUUCAGCAUUGCUUACGGAGUUUUUCUGCUAUGGGCCUACCUAAAUGCAUUAAAACAGACAAUGGCCCUGGAUAUGUUGGCCGCAAUUUUCAAACCUUUUGUGCCCAGCUGCGCAUCAUACACAAGACUGGAAUCCCAUAUAACCCACAGGGCCAAGGAAUUGUUGAGCGGGCACAUCAAACCCUUCAGCACCAACUGAAAAAAUUAAAAAGGGGGAGUUUGUAUGCUGUUACGCCUAACAAUCUUCUUAGUCAUGCUUUGUUUGUUUUAAAUUUUCUGAGCCUCGAUAAAAAUGGAAAAUCAGCAGCUCAACGUUUUUGGCACUAUGAUAAUAAAAAGGCACGGCCAUUAGUCAGGUGGAAAGACCCGCUGGAAGGCAGAUGGCAUGGGCCGGAUCCAGUUCUAAUAUGGGGGAGAGGUCAUGUUUGUGUUUUCCCGCAGAAUGCUGAAGCGCCGCGCUGGCUCCCGGAAAGGUUGGUACACACGGCAGAGGAGUUCACUGGUGGAGCGAAUGAGACAGCUCACAAUCCAGGAGACGGUCCUGCUGCCGACAGCUCAGCAGAUACAGGCACUGUUACAGAUGGCAUCACUGGCUGGAGUGUGGAUAUUCCUGGUGUGACCAAGCUCACAGGGCAUGCACAGCGACGCAACGGAACGGGACCCCAGGAUGUCCCAUUCUGUGGCCUGGGGCAUGAAGGGAAACAUAGAGCGGGGCCACGGAAACUCUGCCGGAAUGAGACUACUACGGUGUAUUCUAUUCCUAACAGCACACACUCACUGUGGGACUGGUCACCAGACUCAGAGAGAAACCCCGGAAAGGAAAGUAACAGACAGUUUGCAGCGAGAAUUUGGAAUCUUGGCGGCACCCUUGUUUAUCAAACUGAGGUCUGGAAGUUGCUGGCCGCUUUUGAAACAAGCGGAUCCUUCAUGCAGACUGGAGAAAAGGUUAAAGGUGGAUUUUUUUGGAAUGCAACCUGGAGAUAUCCUCGGGCUUGUGUACCUUAUCCAUUUAUGAUUAUUGCUGGUUCUGUAAAUCUUACUAAGAAUAAUAGUCAAUAUCAUGUUCAUUGUUUUAAUUGUACCCUGACUAAUUGUAUAAGAGGUAUGGAAAAUAAUUCUGGGGCUCUGAUAGUUAAACAACCACCCUUCGUCAUGAUGCCUGUAAAUCUUACUGAGCCCUGGUAUGAAGAGUCAGGGCUUGAGCUGUGGAAUAAGGUGCGUACAGCCCUUGCUAGGCCACGAAGGGGGAUAGGAUUAAUAAUUCUAGGAGUAGUAACGCUUAUAACUUUAAUUGCUUCUGCUGUUACUGCUUCUGUAUCUUUAGCUCAAUCUGUGCAAACUGCUAGCAUUGUAGACGAUUUAGCAAAAAAUACUUCCAAAGCUUUAGGGAUUCAAGAAGAUAUAGAUAGAAAAUUAGAGGAUAGACUAAAUGCGCUUUAUGAUGCAGUAAGAUUUUUGGGAGAAGAAGUGCAAGGGUUAAAGCUAAGAACAAAAAUUAGAUGUCAUGCUAAUUAUCGUUGGAUUUGUGUAACUCCAAAAAUUUAUAAUAAUACUGAGACCCCUUGGAAUAAGAUAAAAUUACAUUUAGAUGGUAUUUGGCAUAAUGAAAACAUUUCCUUAGAUCUAUUACAACUUCAUCAGGAAAUUCUUGAUAUAGAAAAUGCUCCUCGGGCUAGUAUGGAUUUGGCAGAAAAUGCUGAAGAGUUUGUUAACAGUUUGUUUUCCAAUUUUCCUCCAAUAACCUCACUUUGGCAUCUUUUUUCAGGGGUCGUGGCCAUGCUUCUGGUAUUAGCGCUUUUUGUGUGCAUUACUCCUUUUAUCAUAAAGAAAUUUGUCAAAGAGCUGUGGGACAUCAAGGCUGUCCUACACAGUAAUUAUUUACGCCAAAAGAAUCAGGCGUGCCGUUUUAUUAAAUAAAAGAGGGGGAGCUGCGGGGAGCGGCUUGAAAAAGCUGACUCUGGGAGCUGCCUUGAUUGAUCAUCAAGGGUCUGUUCGCAGACAUAGCUCUCUGUCCCGCCACCCUGCGGGGAGCGGCUUGAAAAAGCUGACUCUGGGAGCUGCCUUGAUUGAUUAUCAAGGGUCUGUUCGCAGACAUAGCUCUCUGUCCCGCCACCCCUCUGAAAUUUACUAUCCAAGUUAACUCCUAACAGACCAUUAGUGAGCCUUGAAUGUACACAAGGUGCAGAUAGAUGGCUUUACACGACUGCCCUUAAGAUAAGUAGGAUGCCUUUGGCGCCAUGAGAGAGCUCUGGUUAUUGUUAUCUUAAAGAUGAUGUACAUGGGGAAGAAUUUUCUUUGUGAUGCCUCUCUUCUUGGUUUAGUAUAUAUGUAACCCUGAGAAAUAAAGAAUCAUCGUUGACUGCAGCGAUCCUCUCGACCCCAUCUGUUCUGUCUCCUUUUUUCUUAGCCUAAAGGAACGCGUA